GACACCCGCACACAAUUCGUCAGAUAUUGCUUUGAAAUUGAAUCAUUCAUUACAUAAAUUGGUGCCAACUAAAAUUUCAAAUCUAUUUCAUCUCAUUACAAUGACUUUGGUCAACAUCAUUUUCGUCACCCUCGUGUUUUCGACAACAGUAACCAAGGCCGAAGUCCUGUCCGGUACAGUGAAAGAAUUUGAUUUUGAGGUUGAAAUUCAAAAUUCUGCAUUGAAAACUCAAGUUCAGCAAAUCUUUGACAUAACAACUGAAAUAAACAGCAAGAUGGAUGAUGUCAAGGGGUGCACAUGCUCUCGUUACCACGAUGGAGUAUUUCAUGUUGCCAAUGGCAGAUAUACGUAUAAUUUCGAAGAGGCGAAACAGGCAUGUAUUGACCGUGGCGCCACGAUUGCUACCCCCGCUCAACUCCAAGCUGCCUGGGAAGUUGGACUAGAUGCCUGCCUUGCCGGAUGGCUCUCCGAUGGUAGCGUUAGAUAUCCCAUUAGGAUGCCUCGCCAAGGAUGUGGUAUUAACACUAAUCCUGGUAUCCGCAGCUGGGGUUACAAACCAAAAGAUCAGAAGGUUGCCGAUGUCUAUUGCUUUAAGCGUUAAAAUGUCUGUUUCACAUUCGUAUUCGUAUAAGUAUUUCACGCAAUUAAUUAAGCUAUUUAGGUUUAUAUAUAUGCAUAUGUAAAUCCUAAACGAUAAACUUCUAUUGAACAUUAAUUUUUUGAAAGAGCAUACAGAAUUAUUAUGCGCUAUUCAAGUCACAGCCAUUACCAUAUUCAUUAAAUCUGAGACAUUGAGUUUA